AUGGAUGAGUGCACUGCAUGGAAAAAUCGUUAUUAUUGGAUAUUUGGCUAUUUAAAUUAUUUGGUUAAGCGUGAUCGUCGUUUUAUUGCUGACAUAUUAAUAAACGGUUUGCAUCGUCUUGAAUAUCGUGGUUAUGAUUCAUCAGGAAUUGCGUUUGAUGGCGAAUUGGAUUCAACAUUAAACGAUGGUAAAAAACGACAAUGCAUUGUAGUAAGACAAAAAGGAAAAGUUGAAGAAUUGGAAAUACAAGUGAAUUUAUUGACCGAUAUUAACUGGAAUGCUGAAUUUACUAUUCAUGUUGGUAUUGCACAUACACGUUGGGCAACUCAUGGUGAACCGAGUCCAGUUAAUAGUCAUCCACAACGUUCCGAUGAACAAAAUCAAUUUGUUUGCGUUCAUAAUGGAAUAAUAACCAAUUAUAAAGAUAUCAAACAAUUUUUGAUGAAUAAAGGAUAUAAAUUUGAAUCGGAAACUGAUACGGAAGCUGUUGUCAAGUUAGUCAAAUAUCUGUAUGACAAACAUAAAAAUGAAAAUAUUAGUUUUCAAAAAUUAAUCGAAUUAACAUGUUCACAAUUGGAAGGUGCAUUUGCGUUACUGUUCAAAAGUGUGCAUUAUCCUGGUGAACUAUGUGGUACACGUCGUGGAAGCCCAAUGGUUAUUGGCGUUAAAUGUUCUGAUCAAUUGGCAACAAAUCACAUUCCAGUCAUGUUCAGUAAAGUAAAUCAUCAUAACAGCAAAGAUAUUCGUAUGACAACAACAGUUAACAGUCAUUUGUCAGAAACUAUUCCAGCAAAUCUUCGUGGUUUAUUUUCACCACCACUUUUAAUAAGCGAUCAUACAACGUCCGAUUUAAGUGUGACAGGAAAUGAUCGAAGUAUUGAAUAUUACUUUGCAUCUGAUGCCAGUGCCAUUAUUGAACAUACAAAUCAAGUUAUAUUUAUGGAAGAUGACGAUUUAGCAUGUGUUAGCAAUGGUGCAUUAACAAUUCAUCGCACGCAACAUGGUGAUGCUGUUGCUCAAUCAGCUAUAAGAGAAAUACAUGAACUCAAACUAGAAUUACAGCAAAUAAUGAAAGGUAGCUAUCAAUAUUUUAUGCAAAAAGAAAUAUUUGAACAACCUGAAUCGGUCGUAAAUACCAUGCGUGGCCGUGUAUGUUUUGAUACGCAAAAAAUUGUAUUAGGUGGUAUCAAAGACUAUUUAAAUGAAAUACGCCGUUGUCGACGAUUAAUUUUGAUUGGCUGUGGUACAAGUUAUCAUAGUGCCGUGGCAACAAGACAAUUAUUAGAAGAAUUAUCCGAGUUACCAGUUAUGGUUGAACUGGCAUCUGAUUUCUUGGAUCGUAGUACACCCGUGUUUCGUGAUGAUGUGUGCAUAUUUAUUUCACAAUCAGGUGAAACAGCCGAUACAAUUUUGGCCUUAAGAUACUGUAAACAACGUGGUGCACUCAUAUUGGGUAUUACAAAUACAGUUGGUUCAAGUAUUUCAAGAGAAUCUCAUUGUGGUGUACAUAUUAAUGCUGGUCCAGAAAUAGGUGUUGCUAGUACGAAAGCAUAUACAAGUCAAUUUAUUGCUCUUGUCAUGUUUGGCUUAGUAUUAAGCGAAGAUUCUUUAUCAAAAGAACAACGUCGUAAAGAAAUAAUUGAAGGUUUACAACAAUUACCCAAUUUAAUUAAACGUGUUCUUAGUUAUGAUAAAAUAAUACAAGAUUAUGCUAAGUCACUUUAUAAGGAAACAUCAUUAUUGGUUAUGGGGCGUGGAUUUAAUUUUGCCACAUGUCUUGAAGGUGCAUUGAAAGUGAAAGAAUUAACAUAUAUGCACUCGGAAGGAAUAUUAGCUGGUGAAUUAAAACAUGGCCCAUUGGCUAUGGUCGAUGAUACGAUGCCAAUUGUGAUGAUUAUUAUGGAUGAUCCAGUUAAAACGAAAUGUAUGAAUGCAUAUAAUCAGGUAUUGGCACGGGGUGGCCAACCAAUGUUAAUUUGUAAUGAUAAUGAUGAUGAAUUAAUUAAAAUGGCUCAUCGUCACAUUGCAUUACCACGAACAGUUGAUUGUCUUCAAGGUAUUCUAUGUGUUGUCCCAAUGCAAUUACUAUCUUUCCAUAUUGCUGUCUUACGUGGUUAUGAUGUUGAUUGUCCAAGAAAUUUAGCCAAAUCUGUUACAGUAUCUUAA